AUGGCUAACCCGACGCCCUACAAGAUCGCCGUGCCCGAUGAGGAGCUGGCCUGGAUCACAGACCGCGUGCGCACCGCCCGCAUCCCGCCGGGCAAAGACUUGCCCACCGAGGAGCUGUGGAAGUCGUGGGGUCUGCCUUCGUCAUAUGCCAAACAGCUGCACAAGACAUGGACAACGACGUAUGACUGGCGCAAGGUCGAGCGCCAGCUCAACGAGGAGCUGACGCAGUUCACCCUGCCCAUCAACCAUGGGGGCGAGGAGCUCACGAUGCACUUUGUCCACAACCGCAGCCCUCACAAGGACGCCGUUCCUUUGCUCUUCAUGCACGGCUGGCCCGGCAGCUUCCUCGAGGUCCGCCCCAUCAUCAGGCUCCUCACCCACCCGGCCAACCCAGAGGAGAACCCAGAGGAGCAGGCCUACCACGUCGUGGCCCCCUCCCUGCCUGGCUUUGGCUUCUCCAGCUACCCCAAGAACCCCGUCAGCCCCAUGGACAUGGCCGAGGUGGUCUACAAGCUCAUGACGGCGCUGAGCUACGACAAGUUCAUGGUCCAGGGCGGCGACUGGGGCUCCAUCAUCUCGCGCUUCCUCGCCGCCAACCACCCAGACAACUGCCGCGCCAUCCACCUCAACGCCCUCAUCUCCGGCCCGCCCUCGCCGAUAUGGAACCCCGUCGCGAUGGGCAAGCUCGUGCUCGCCGUGGCCACGGGCGGCUGGGGCCUGACCGAGUUCGAGAAGAGGGGGCUGGGCCGCAUGCAGUGGUGGAACAAGUACGAGAACGGCUACCAGGCCAUCCAGGGCACCAAGCCGCAGACCAUUGCGUACGGGCUGUCCGACUCGCCCUUUGGGCUGGCGUGCUGGAUGCGCGAGAAGGUGCAGUUCCUGACGGACGAUGAUUUCGAGUGGGACGACGAGCAGGUCAUUACGCUCGCCAUGCCGCACAUCAUCAACGGCACGCCCGGCCACGCCGAGAUCUACAAGUGGAUCCCCAAGAAUGAGGAAAGGUCCUUGCUCGAGGCCUUCAAAAAGGUCAUCCCCCGGCAGGUCUCUUUCGGUGCAUCAAUGUUCCCCAAAGACAUUCUGUAUAUCCCAGAGUGGUGGGCGCGCGCCAACGUCGCCGAGAACCUCAUCUUCUGGAAAGAGCACAAGAUGGGCGGCCACUUCCCCUCCAUCGAGCGGCCGGCUACCCUGGUCGCGGACAUCCGCGAGUUCACGGGCAAGAUUGACAAGGGUGUCAUCAAGGAGCUCCGGAGGAGCGGUGGUUCGCAGUAG